AUGGGAUUCGAUGGUACAAGAGUAGAUCCCCUUGGAGUAAUAGACUUGUCCGUAACCGUGGUGAAGAGGACUCUGAAGGAGAACUUUAUUUUAACAGAGAUCCAUCCUUUUUACAAUCUCAUCAUGGGAAGAGGCUGGAUACAUCAGAUGAGAGGAGUUCCGUCCACCUUCCACCAGGUGAUGCGGUGCUUAUCUCCGGACGGGAAAGAAGUAAUUAAUCUGUGGGGCGAUCAAGUCGCAGCGAAGGAAUGCUAUAUGUUGACACAAGUUGAGGUAAAGGAGGAAGAGGAAAUUGCGAAGCCUACCGAGAAGACCCUCGAAGCCGUGAAAGUUAUCCUCGGCGACCCUCAGAAGGUUACUUAUCUAGGCUCUUCUUCCACGUUCGAAGAAAAUGAGGCAUUAAUUAAUGUUAUCUGGAGCAAUGCGUAUGCCUUUGCGUGGGAUCACUCGGACAUGGUAGGGAUCGAUCCCUCAGUUUCUUGCCAUAGCCUGAAGGUGGAUCCGGAGUUCAAACCAGUCAGGCAGAAACACCGAAGGUUUGCCCCUGAAUGCAAUCACAUUAUAGCUGAAGAAGUGAGCAAAUUGUUGCAAGCAAGUUUCAUUUGA